UAAAGAAAAAAGUGAAAAUCUUAAAAAAAUAUCAAAUAAAUAUCACUUUAUUGCAAAUCAUUAAUAUUUGGUUAAAGCUUUUUUUAGACAAUAAGUUUAGUCAUUUAAGCCAAAAAUCGAAAAGAAAAUUUCAUGAAAAAAGUUAAAAAUAUCACAUGUAAACUUUAAAUAUUAAAAAAAUAACCAACAAAAAGUCUAGCCUUUAAACUUAUUGAUCAAUUCAUGAUCAUUGAUCAUACAAUGAUCAGAGAUCAUACAAUGAUCAGAGAUCACUGAUCUUUCAAUGAACAUAGAUCACUGAUCAUUCAAUAAAACAUAGAAACACUGUUCAUUCAAUGAACAUAGAAACACUGAUCAAUCAAUGAUCAUAGAUCACGAUUGAUCACAGAUCUCUGAUCAAUAUAUGAUCAUAGAUCUCUGAUCAAUCAAUAAUCAAAGAUCACUGAUAAUUUAAUGAUCAUAGAUCACUGAUCAUUAAUGAUUAUAGAUCACUGAACAUUCAAUGAUCACAGAUCAAUCAAUGAACAUAGAUCACUGAUCAUAGAUCAUUGAAUGAUCAGUGAUCUCUGAUCACCAUAUUAUCGACAAUUUUAAAACAAAUACAAUGUUCUUCCAUAACUCUCAAGCAAAAAGUAAUUCUCAGCACUUUCAAAGAUCAUUGAUCAGUAUAUUUUUGAAACUAAUGAUUUAAAAAUGCUCCUUACAAUAUCUGAAACAUAAGCUUUUGAAAGAGACAGUUCCAAACACAUUCAAUUUACAAAAACAUCCAGCGAUCAUCUUGAUCGUUGUUCUUCAGAUCACCUAAGUAAUAACUUCUUUAAAACGUUAAAGACCGCCGAAUCAAUAGAAGAUCUUAGUUAAAGAAAAAAACCUCAUUUUCUGAAAUGUUGUGAUCAAUUUAUACACUUUUGAAAUCAACUCAUUAUAUUCCACGAUCAUACUGAUCAUGAUUAAAUCGUUGAGAUCGUUGAGCACCAUAUUAUUGAAAUUUUUAAAACAUAUUCUUUAACACUCAAGCUAAAGUUAAUCCUUUCAACUACUUUUCCAAUCAACUCAUUACUUUCGAAGACCAUAGAUCACUGAUCGUCAUUUUGUUGAAACUAACGAUCUCAAAAUACUCUUAACAUUAUCAGAAACAUCAACUUUUCGAAGAGUUAGUACUUAACAACUUCGAAAUACAUUCAAAUGACAAAAAUAUCCCACGAUUAUCUCUGAUAUUCAAAACUGUUCUUUGCAGAUCCUUUUCCUAAACAUUAAAGAUCACUGAAUCAAAGAUCUUAAAAAGAAGAAAUUCAUCUUCAGUAAUGUAGUGAUCAAUCUUAAGAGAGAGCUUUCUUAAACGAUCUUCGUGAAUAUGUUUCAAGAUCACUGAUCAGAAACAACAGAUUAUACAAAUCAUUUUCACAAGAUCAAAUUCACUCUUUUCGAAGACCUUUACAUCACAUGAUCUUUCAAAAUAUGGAGAUCACCCUCUUGAAACUAAAGAUCAUAACAAAUCAUUUGCACAAGAUCAGCUUCUCCAUUUAUUCCUAAUAAUAUUUGAAAAUAUAGUCUAGUAUAGAGAAGGUACUCUGAAAUUUGUCAUAUGUAGCAGCUGCACUCGCAGCUUAAGAGAGAGAAUUAUAAAGUCCUAAUAUCGAGUUGUAUAGGAAGUGUUAGAAGAUAAGAGCCUGGAAAAUCGAGUAUAUUCUCAGCUGUAGAGAGAAAGUAUUAGAAUCAAAGUGUGUGGGAAAUAUUAGAGAGAGAUAGAGAGAGAUUAUUAGAAAGUCUUAAUAUCGAGUUGUGCAGGAAGUGUAGGGAGUUAUACUGAGGAUUCCAAGUUCGAUAAGAAUCUGUAGAAUCGAGUCUACCGUCAGCUGUAGAGAGAGAGAGCAUUAGAAAGAUCUAAUAAUGCGUAGUGCAAAGGAAGUUAUACUGAGGAUUCCAUGUUCGAUAAGAGUCUGGAGAAUUAGAAAGAUCUAAUGCCGAUUUGUGCAUGAAGUAUAGGAAGUUAUACUGAGGAUUCCAAGUUCGUUAAGAGUCUAGAGAAUUGAGUGUACUCUCACCUAUAGAGAUAACAUUAGAAAGAAGUUUUAUUGAAGAUUCCAAGUUUGAGAAAGUCGAUUAUACUCUCAGCUAUAAAGAGAGCUUUAAAAGUACCUUAUAUCAAGUUGUGCAGGAAGUUGUACUGAGGAUUAAAAGUUUGAUAAGAGUCUGAAGAAUCGAGUAUGUACUCAACUAUAUAGAGAGCCGGGAAAAAGAGUUAGAAAGACUUAAUAUCGAUUUGUUCCUAUACAACUAAUACUGAGGAUUCAAAGUUUGAUAAGAUUCUGGAGAAUCGAGUAUACGCUCAGCUAUAGAGAGAGUAUUAGAGGGACCUUAUAUAGAGUUGUAUAGGAUGCUAUACUGGAGAUUUCAAGUUUGAAAAGAGUCUGGAAAAUCGAAUGUUCUCUCAGCUAAAGACAGAGCAUUAAAAAGAUCUAAUAUUUAGUUGUGUUGGAAGUCAUACUGGGGAUGCAAGUGUGAGAGAGUCUGGAGAAUCAGCUAAAGAGAGAGAGAUCAUUAGAAAGUUGUGUAGCAAGUUUAGGACGUCAUAUUCAGGACUCAACGUUUGAUAAGAGUCUGGAGAAACGAGUAUACUGUCAACUAUAGAGAGAGCAUUAGACAGAUCUAAUAUCGAGUUUUUUAGAAAUUUUUUAUAAGAGUCUGGAGAAUAGUGUAUACUCUCAGCUAUAGAGAAAGCAUUAGAAAGAAGUUUAGGAAGUUAUAUUAGGGAUUCCAAGUUUGACAAGAGUCUGAAGAAUCAGCUAUAGAGAGAGCAUUAGAAAGACUUUUAAUUUGGGUAGUUGGUUCCAAUAUUUGUCAGAUUAUAAGAUCCCUUGCAGGAAUUGAAGAAUAUCGAUUAAUUCAUCUAAAAAAAUUUUUUUCAUGAAAUUUUCUUUUAAAAAUAACUAGAAAAAAGAAUACAAUUUCAACUAAAAUAAGCCUAAUGUAUAAACAAAUUAACCCUUAACGACAAAGACCAAACUUAGAAUAUUAGACACAAGUUUGUUAAAAUGAUAUAAAUUUUUCCCCCACAAAUUAAAUUAUGAAGAAAAUUUUGAAAAACAAAAUAAUUAGCAAAACAUUAACAAUUUCCUUCCUGUUUUUCUCCUUUAAACUAGGUAUCGAUGUCAUACAAGUUGCUGAAAGACAAGUGCUGUCCUCCGCCUCCAUAGUAGGCAUAGCAGUGGGAGGAGUUUUACUGUUACUUUUCAUAGUGGACUUAUUAUGCUGUGUUACCAUUAAUAUGGGUGUAAUGGCCAGUAUGUGUAGGCGCACCAAAAGAUCACCCUCCGAAAUCGAUGAAGAGGCUAAAUUGGGAAGUCUUUAUGGUUGGCGUUUCCCGCUACCUUAUUGCAGUGGCCAGCUGGUUAAGGAGCCACCACCAUCACCGUUACCUUUACCACCUCCCGUUAAAUUAGGUGGAUCACCAAUGACAUCACCAUCGUACGUAAAUGCUUAAACAAUGCUAACUCUAACUAAUACUAUACUACUAAUCCACUUAAUUAAUUACUAAUCCACUAAUUAAUCAUUAUCAUAAUCAUUAUUACAUUUUAUCGAAAUAUUUAUCAAUUAACCCCUUAAUUAAUAUAAAUCCUUAAAAAAUAUUCUAUUAGUAAUUAGGUUUAUAAGUAAAUUUAGUUUAGUUGAGCUUAAAAUACUAACUUAAUUAAAAAAACAAGCAUGUUAAAUUUUGCAGAAAAUAUAUUAAAUUUACAGUUUGAGUAGGAAAGGUCAAAGGUUAAUAGACUAAAAAAAAUGAACUGAAGACCUCAGGCUGAACUUGUCUCUUUACAGCCUUGCUUAUA